CUUUCGUGCUCAUCUUUGUGCUGUACGCUCAGCAGGCCCCCCUCCCCUCUUCACCCCAUUUUUUGCAACAAAAUACAAAGAUCAGUGCCCUUUUCAGCUUUGCCUCCCCUUGUUUCACUGUGAGCAUCAUCGGAGAUGCCAAGAAGCAGAGCCAGAAAGGCGCGGUUGACGCGAAUGGACGCGGCGGUGGACGCGAUGGUGCCGUUUGGCUUCCCGGAGGAGAAAGUGAGGAAACAUGUGAAAGAACUUCUGAAGGAAUAUGGUGGAGAUGAAGGUUGGCCUUUCAUUGAGGAAUACUCAUAUAAGGAACUUAUUGAUGCCAUUCUUCGUGAUGAUGAAGAAAAUGAUCAAGAGAAAGUUGCAGAAGAUGGCCACCGGGGCAAGGACAAGUCAUCUGGGGAUGAAAUAGCUGCUGGUACUUCCAGUAGCGCACCAGAUUCUCAGCAAGAUGAAAGACCUCAAGAAACUACUCCAGCAGAUAUUGCAGGAUCCUCUUGUGCUGUUGCUGAGUCUACACUCCCUGAAAUUUCCAGCAGUUCAUUAGGGAUCAAUGCUGUGACAGCAGGUUGGAAAGACAUUCUCCCAUACCAACAGUCUGAACAUGUCGCGUCAACUGCUAACAUAUCGAGCAAAAAGGGUAAAACUCCCGCGAUUGAAGAAAAUCCUCCAGGCAAGACUGCAAUCCCAGCUUCACCAUCACUGAGAAAUAUUCCUUCCCCACCACCAACCAACAGUCUUCCAACCCGACGACAUCCUUGCUAUGGCUGGAUCGAGAGUGACGAAGAGGAUUUUGACGACUUCAUAUCUUUAAGACCUGCAUCUGCAGAAGUCAGAGCAAAAGCAACUCAUCUGCCUCAAGCACCCUCUAUGUGUCCAAGUGAUGCAACCAAAUCAGAACGAAAACGCAGGUCAAGAUGGGAUGAGAGACCGUGAUGAUCCUCAAGUGGCCUUCGCUUACAAACUUACUGGUUUUCCUCUGCCUUUUGCUCUUAAUCCAACUACAAAUGUUCUUAAGACGAUGUAGCGAAUAUACAUAAAAUGACCAUCCUCACUUCAGGACCUUGAAUGGCUGCAUCUGAUUCAAAAUUGCAAAAUCUGACCUUGGUCACUUUGACAUGAAAUUCAAGACGCAUUUCAUCAAGUAGAUGAUCAUUGAGUAUUGGUGGGAGUUAUUUGGUAAUCAGGGAUUCAGGUAGUUCAGUAACUUAGUCUUAGUUUAGAUCAAGAGGGCAUACUUCCUUGUGUAAAAUAAAGUCAAUAUUUC